AGGCAGGAGGCUCGCUGGCGUCCCGCGGCGGGGAACGCUGGCUCGUGCUGCCGCCAGGCGUCAGGGCACCGGGCCUCGGGCUUGCUGCUGGCCGCGGGGGCGCCCAUGCCCUGCUCUCCGUGGCCCUGGGCGUUCUUAGUUAUUUUCUUCAAAAAAAUUUGUAUUCCUGGGACCCCACCUAUGGGAUUUCCCCACCUAUCCGCUCUCCUUUUCUUUUUCCGUGCUUAACGUUUGCUCUGUGCUUCCUCGAUUAUUCCUGUUUUUCCUUGGCCUCUCUCACGUUCCUUUAUUUCCCCUUACCGCCUGUCCUCCCUAAGGCUGCAGAGAGGUCUGCAUUACCCCGUCUCCAGCCUGGCUGAACAGCCUUCAUGACUACAUGCUCUCCUCCCUUUACUUUUUAAACAUUUUUUCCCUUCUUACUUCAUGUGAUUCCUUUUUCUAGUUUUAAUUAUUGUGAGCAUUUUUGUGAGGCCGAAGUCAGUUCUCAGGCUAAUCUCUGAAGGUAGAUCCCAUGAUUUAUUUACUGAAGUUGAUCUCUUCUUAAGCUCAGUGAAGCCGCCAGAUGCGGGAGUGUUUGCUGGUCCACAGCUCAGAUAAGCGCCUCCAUCCAUGAUAUAGCUAUCCUCGUGACAGGCUCUGGAGGGCCUAAGGUGAAAUCCAGGAACGUCUCCAUGGAGACACCACAAGACCUCCAGAAGCCCUGUGUAUCAAAGAGGACCAUCGUGCCCCUCUCCCCAGGAGAGUGUCCUUCCUUCUGUGAGAACAGCUGCAGUGCCCUCUCUGAAACGUCAAAUGUCAGAACCUUCCAGAGAAUGUAUUUCCCCGUUCUGGCAUCCCUGCUUUGCUGGUUUCACAAGUGCACGCCAGGCUCCUGGCCAGAGCUGGCAGGGGUUGGCCAACGACUCAGCUGUGCUUCCUACCUCUGAGAUAGAAAUGUCUGCGGAUGGCGGAGGCACCCGGGCUGCCCAGGACAAGGAGAGAGCCCGAGAGGUUCUGGGCCAUGGGCAUCCUUGUCCAGAAAUGCUUUCUGAGUCGGAGGAGAUGGUGCCUUUGGGAGCCACUCGGGAGUCACUGCACAUCAAGAUGGAGGCAGAAGAGCCACACCCCGAGGGGGCAUGGCAGGGGGAUGGGGCUCUGGGAACGCCAAGCUGGGUGUCCCUAAGCCAGGGCUCUAAGGAGAAGGCUCUCUUCCUGCCUGGUGGAGCCCUCCCCUCCCCCCAGAUCCCUGUGCUCUCUCGAGAGGGGCGGACCAGAGACCGCCAGAUGGCUGCGGCGCUGCUCACCGCCUGGUCCCAGAUGCCGGUGACUUUUGAGGAUGUGGCUCUGUACCUCUCCAGGGAGGAGUGGGGUCGGCUGGACCACGCCCAGCAAAGCUUCUACAGGGACGUCCUGCAGAAGAGGAACGGACUGUCCCUGGCAGGAUUUCCCUUCAGCAGACCUCUCUGGGGCUCCCAGGGACAAGGCAAGGGUGAGGCAUCGAGCUCGAGCCAGCAGAUGGGAGAUGACAAGGAGAAGACAGGAGCCAUUGAGGCAGGCAAGGAGGAGUCGGCCCCAUCCCUGGAAGCCCUGGGGGAUGUGAAGGCUUCCAGAAGCAGGAUGGGGAGAGCCCCGGGGGACGUCCAGCCAUGUGGGCAGCAAACCGGCAGUGGCCAGAGCUCAGGACAGGCCAGAGACGGUGGGCAGCCGGGUCCCCUGCAGGAGAUGCCGGCAAAACCGGCGCCACCCAACGCCAGCCUCACAGAGAAAGCCAGAGAGGGGCGGGUGGGGCCCCCCGAGAGCAGCGAGGAGGGCCUGGUCCCCGACGGUGACGCUGGCAAGAAGACGUACAAGUGUGAGCAGUGCGGCAAGGCCUUCAGCUGGCACUCGCACCUCGUGACCCACCGGCGCACGCACACGGGUGAGAAGCCCUACACCUGCACGGAUUGCGGCAAGCGCUUCGGCCGCAGCUCACACCUCAUCCAGCACCAGAUCAUCCACACAGGCGAGAAGCCCUACACCUGCCCCUCCUGCUGGAAGAGCUUCAGCCACCACUCGACGCUGAUCCAGCACCAGCGCAUCCACACGGGGGAGAAGCCCUACGUGUGCGACCGUUGCGCCAAGCGCUUCACCCGCCGCUCGGACCUGGUCACCCACCAGGGCACGCACACAGGCGCCAAGCCCCACAAGUGCCCCGUCUGCAGCAAGUGCUUCACGCAGAGCUCGGCCCUGGUCACCCACCAGCGCACGCACACCGGGGUCAAGCCCUACCCAUGCCCCGAGUGCGGCAAGUGCUUCAGCCAGCGCUCCAACCUCAUCGCGCACAACCGCACGCACACGGGCGAGAAGCCCUACCACUGCCUCGACUGUGGCAAGAGCUUCAGCCACAGCUCCCACCUCACUGCCCACCAGCGCACCCACCGCGGCGUCCGGCCCUACUCCUGCCCCCUCUGUGGCAAGAGCUUCAGCCGCCGCUCCAACCUGCACCGGCAUGAGAAGAUCCACACGACGGGCCCCAAGGCCCUGGCCAUGCUGAUGCUGGGGGCGGCGGGGGCUCUGGCUGCACCCCCACCUGCUCCCACUUAGGAGGCGUGGGGGAGGGGAAUGCGCGAGGGCAGCGUGAGAGGGGUUGUGGGAAGGGAGUGGGGGGUGCCGGCAUGGGGCGGGGCAUGGCAACACAGGAGCUAGGGCGAGGCGCGGGCACGCUGGCUACGAAUUAAAGGCCUUGGAAUUCCACCCACCACUUGUGCUCGGUCUCGUGGGGCCCUGGUGGUGAGCGUGGCUGAGGCAUCCCUGAGUCAUUGUCCUGGGGGCUUGGGUACUCUUCCCAGCCUUGACCUGUCAUGGGGCCAGUCCAGAGCACCCAGAACUGAAGUCAAUGAGCAAAGGCUUCUGGGCACAGAGAGGUUUCCAAACCUGAUGCCAGCCAGCCAGUUGUGAGACCGUGGAUCCGCGUGGAGGGGUGGCCUGCUGCUGUUGCUGGCAUCACUCUUGUCCCGGGGGCAUGGCCCACUGAGCCCAGCACCCUCUCUCUGCUCUUCCGUUUGGGAGCUGGAGCAGACCUGAGCCAGCUGGGAACUCAUGCUCUGCCGCCCCCCUGUCUCCUGUCUCAGGUACUGGACCCCUGUUUUGUGACUGGACAUUUUCCAUGCAUUUCUACUGGGGCCCAGCUAUAAUCCAGUGAGGAUUCCUCCCUUUGCUAGGGACCACUGUCCCUCCUGGUGCCUUCUGAGGCUGCUGCCAGUUCUCUCUGCUACUUUUCACCUCCGUGGCUUCUUUGUACAUGUCCUUUAUGAUUUGCCCUACCUGCCCCUGUCUGGCUCUUUUACUCUUGGCCUUCUGCUUUUUGAUCUCUGUACUUCUGUUUUCUCUUCUCUCCGCCCCCGCCUUUUUCCCCCCAGGGAGGAAUGGGCUCAGCCUGCUUAUUACCCAGGAUUUGCAGGUUGGCUCCCAAGAUGACAUUUGGUUCUGACACUGACUGACCUUGAGGACACCCGCAUGUGGGAGGCCAUUGAGCCUCUACCUGCCUGCCUGGGUCAUGGCGCUGGCAGGGUGGCUGCAGCCCAGGCUGGCUCCUGGCUCCCACAGGAGCUCGAGCAGGAGAGGGGACUGACAAUAGUCAUAACUGCUAGUUGAGGGGCCAAUUGCCAUGUGUAUGUCACUUUUAGUCUCUACAACUCUGAGCAGUGGACUCUGUCCUGGUCUUAUAGAUGAGGAAACAGCCGAGAGAGAGCUCCAGGAACUUAGCCAACAACCAGAGAGCUGCAAGCUGGGGUUUAGGUCCAGGGAUUUCAUUGUGUAAAGAAUACCCUGUUUCCAUGCAACAACUACUGGCUGUCUGGUGCAUGUUAUGAGGUGGGGUGGUCCAAAAAGGAUAAGUCAGAUUGUUGAUUCGAUCUUCAGGGGUGCUGGACUCAGCUGAAGAUGGCAAGUCGGAGAGCAGGUCAUCAGCCAGAUGCCAGGAAGCUGCUGACUAGUGGGAACCUGUGCAGAACUUGGUUGUGCUUGGGAGGUCUCAGUGGGAUCUAGGGCCGGGUCACUGGCUGGACUGGUUGAAUUAGAUGGCAGUUCUUGAAGACAUGAGAAAGAAAGCUGUUUUCUCCCUUCACCUUGUCUUCAUGGCUCUCUGGUCACUCAGAAAUGGAAUUUCUCAGCUUGGCUCAGUGUAAGGGUCUGAAGGGGGCUUGUUCACCUAAAGCAGGCAUGCUGCUUCCAGAAACUUGUUUUCUGAUGAAAAGAGGCAAAAAGGACACUUAUUAACUUGGUACUAGUUUAUUUGCACUGUGGAUAUGCAUUUGCUUCCUUGGGCUUUUUUUUUUCUUUUUUUUAAAAGAUUUUAUUUAUUUAUUUGACAGAGAGAUCACAAGUAGGCAGACAGGCAGACAGAGAGAGAGAGGAAGCAGGCUCCCUGUUGAGCAGAGUCUGAUGCAGGGCUCGAUCCCAGGACCCUGGGAUCAUGACCUGAGCAGAAGGGAGAGGCAUAACACACUGAGCCAUCCAGGUGCCCUGCUUCCUUGGGCUUUUAUGGCCAGGACUUGAACCACUGAGGUCUGUGGAGUGAGCCAGAGGGUUGGUUAAAGACUCCACUCUGGCCUCUGAGGAACUCAGAGACCUGGAGAAACUGUUUCCCCUUUUCAUAGCACCGUCGAGAGGAACGUGAUUCCAAGGGCCCCGUGAGUCUCAAUCCACAUUUCCCUAGAGACCCACUCAGAGGCCACCAUUCUGGGAUAGAGCUGGAGAGAACAUUUUAUGAACUUGGCAAUUUAGGAAACAUUUGGCAAGAUCCAUUAAGACAGCGGAGGGAGUGGAGAUGCCGUGGAAGGGCCUAGGGUGUGAGGCCGAAGGGUGUUCGGGACUUGGGGGGUGAUAGAGAGAUAGCUGACUUCUGGGUGGACGCCAGGGAAGGGUCUUGGUGUCGCUGGCCUGCUUCUUCCCGGCUUCUGCUCUCACGGGACCUCCCAGCUUCGGCCUUGGAAUGCCCCCAACUGGCUGCUCACGCUUCGCCUGUCUUCGCAGUCAGAGGGAGGGCGAGGGAAGAGGCACAGAAUAUUCCUCGCGGGCUGCCCACCCAAUCCUGUGCGCCCCAAGGCACCGCCCGGGUCCUUGCUGCAGGGGGUGAGGCCCCAGCUGGCCCUGCUGCCCUCCCCGGCCCGGGGGCUUCUCCCGCACUUGGGUGACUCCGCGGGGAAGCCAGGCGGUGACACUGGAGAGGGGCUCGUAAGAGGACGACCCUCCCUGAGGGUCCUUGCAGGGAGGAGGAUGGUUUUCCGGGAGGCCCCGCCCCACCAGCUCCUCCCUUAGCCUAUCAGGGAGCGGGGCGGGAAGGGGGCGGGGUCCAGCAAAACCGUCCAGUCACGACCCUUUUCUCCCCGUCACUCCCCAAGCGGCACGGUUGCCCGGCAACAUCCGAAAAUCUCCGCUUUGACGCUCUGCGAUUUCCCUUCUGCCCGGUGGCAGUUGCCGAAGAGGCCAAAGACGCGGGGCGGACUCCUGACUUCGCCAACGCCCUAGCUUUCACAGCGGGCCCUGGGCCUACCACCGAGAUGCCGAGCCUCCUGCGGUCCUAGAGGGGACUCGGGAGAGCCGGCCGCUUCCGGUUUCGAGAGCUGCCAGUCCCGGCGUCUAGUUGCCGGCUGGGAACUCGGGGAGCCGGAUUCCCGCAGCCCUUUGUGGCCGCCGCGCUGGAGCUCGGCGGGCGCGCGGACAGCUCCCGCCGGCGUUCUAGCACCUUCCGAGCCCCGGAGCAGGGCCCGACAGUGGUGCUGGGGAGAGCCGGGAGGGAGACCGCGGUCCUCUUGGAGGGGUUCUUUGCCAAACGUUGAGGAAUACGCGAUGACAAAGCCAGACGAGGUCCUUGCCCUAGAGGCUUCUGGUCCGGGCAGAGGAUGGAGAAAGGGAGGUUAUGAAGAUGAUCCAGCCUUUCUCAUCUUCGUGUUCCUUUGCCAGCCUGUGAUGUGUGGCCCGUCAGGCUUUCUUGCCUGGGUUUGCAAAGACAGCACUCUGUGGCCUGCACCUCUGUCACCUCCUGGAGGACCCCAGUUUUUCUGUUUUCAGCUAAGAAAUUUCCAGGCCAGUCAUGGAGAUUAAUACUACCAUCCAAACGGCCACCGACCAGAACAAGUUGGGCUCAGAUGUUCAGGGGAAAGUGGAAAAAGUGCCUGGAGGGCCUAAAUCCCAGCACCUCUCCUAUACCGUAUGCUCCUGUGGGCAUGCCCCUGUGACAGGUUCCUGGCGAUGGUCGUUCCCUGGUACUAAGCACUCACUACUGAGCUCUUCCUGCGUGUAAGAGUUAGUGCUGGGCUCGUUUACAUCAUCCUUAUAGCAACCCUGUGAGGCAGUGAAUCAGGAUUCAGUUCCACACAAAUAAUAGGUAGGCAGCUUAUGAUGGAACUGGUGUGGCAGCCCGAACCCACAAAGUCAACAGGACCCUGGCUCUUCCUAGCCUGCUGCUGUACCACCAUUCAAAUGCUAUCUCAUAUCCCAAAACAAGGAGUAGGAUCUUCAUACAUGCUGGUUUUUAAAAUGUAAACCAAAUGGGAAUACUAUGUACAACUUUAUCUUAAUAAAUCUGAAGUUGUAGAUGAAAGGGAUGAUUUCCUAGAAAAGUGAAACUACCGGGAUGCCUGGGUGGCUCAGUUUGUUAAGUGGCUGCCUUCGGCUCAGGUCAUGAUCCCAGCAUCCUGGGAUCGAGUCCCACAUCCGGCUCCUUGCUUGGCAGGGAGCCUGCUUCUCCCUCUGCCUCUGUCUGCCUGUGCUUGCUCUCGCUUCUCUCUCUAUGACAAAUAAAUAAAUAAAAUCUUAAAAAAAAAAAAAAAGUGAAACUACCAAAAUGUAGUCAGGAUGACAAGGAAAUUCUGAGUAUCUAAUAUCCCAUGAGAGAAAUUAUAAAAAUAAUUACUUUUAUGUUCUGUUUUUUAAAAGAUUUUAUUUAUUUAUUUGACAGAGAGACAGUGAGAGAGGGAACACAAGCAGAGGGAGUGGGAGAGGGAGAAGCAGGCUUCCCACCAAGCAGGGAGCCCAAUGCGGGGCUCAAUCCCAGGAUCCUGGAAUCAUGACCUGAGCUGAAGGCAGACACUUAACGACUGAAUCACCCAGGUGCCCCUAUGCUCUAUAUUUUAAAGCUUGUUUAUUUAAGAGAGAGAAAGAGUGAGCACAAGUGGAAGGGGCAGAGGGAGACAGAGAAUCUCAAGCAGACUCCAUGCCAAGCAUGGAAACUGAUGCUGUGCUGACUUCACAAUGCUAUGAUCAGGACCAGAGCCAAAACCAGGAAUUGGUCGCUCAACUGACUGAGCCCAUGCAGUGCUCCUAAUGUUCUUUUUUUGCUUUAUUUUUUUCAAAAUUGCAUUUAUUCAUUUGAGAGAGAGCACAGUGUUGAGGGGGAAGGACAGAGUGAGGGGAGAAGUAGACUUCCUGCUUAGCUGGGAGACUGACUCAGGGCUCCAUCCAAGGGUCCUGGGAUCAUGACCUGAGCCAAAGGCAAAGGCCCAACCCUCUGAGCCACCCAGGCACCACUGUAUUCUAUUUUUUUUUUUUUUUAAGAUUUUAUUUAUUUAUUUGACAGACAGAGAUCACAAGUAGGCAGAGAGGCAGGCAGAGAGAGAGAGGAGGAAGCAGCCUCCCUGCUGAGCAGAGAGCCCGACGUGAGGCUCAAUCCCAGGACCCUGGGACCAUGACCCGAGCUGAAGGCAGAGGCUUUAACCCACUGAGCCACCCAGGUGCCCCCUUGUGUUCUAUUUUUAAUGAAACAAAACAAAACAAAACACUUCUUACUAGGCAGUAAUCUCAUUAGGAUAUACACUCUGGUUGUAAUAGAUGUUCAGUACAGCAGAAGUUUAAACAUGGUAUCUAUUUCUUUCUCACAUCACUGCCUGGGUAUAAACCCAGGCCUAGUUUGGUGGCUCCACAAUCAUCAGGAGUCCAGGCACUUUCUGUCUUACUGCUUCGAUACCUCUGGGUAUUACUUAAGUCUGCAUGGUCUGUGUCCAAAUUCCUAUUAGCACCUAGGAAAAAGAGAAUAGGAAGACAGGACCCAUCCCUUUCUAGUAAAAUACAUAUAUCACGUCUGCUCACAUCUCAUCACCUUUAAUUUAAUUACAUGGCCAUGCUUAGCUGCAGGAGAGGCUGGGAAAUCCUUAUUCUUAUUUUUUUUUUUCUUUUUAAGACUUUAUUUGAGAGAAAGAACAAGCUGGGGUAGGGAGGGGCAGGGGAGAGGGAGAAGCAGGCUUCCUGCUGAGUGGGAAGCACUACAUGGGGCUCGAUCCCAGGACCCCUGAGAUCAUGACCUGAGCAAAAGGCAGACAGUUUAACCGACUAAGCCACCCAGGUACCCCUACUCCUUAUUCUGAAUGGCUAUGUGCCUGUUGAAAAAUUCUUACUAUAGGAGAAAAGUGAUAUUAGGGAACAGCUAGUAGUUCUUUUGCUGCAAAUGAGAAUAAAUGCUCCUUAAUAUGAGCAUGGAUAUAUAUCAGAGACACAAUGGGUAACUGUAAAUCAUUAAAAGUAUUUUCAUGAA